CUCCCGCCGAAGAACUGCCUCCUCAGGGCGCAGCGGCUUUGCCACCAGAGCCGGACGACGCAGCGUCAGAGGCGGCAUCGGGCUCCGAGGAGCGCGGCGACGAGAUUGGUUCCGAGCUCGGCGUCAAACAGGAUGAGCUUGAGAGUGCCAAGCGUGAGCUUGAGGAGGAAGAGGCUCCACCGCAGGGCGCGGUAGCCAAGGUUGAGAAUGAGGAGCGCUCGCCCGAGGCGGCAGCGCCGCAGGCGGAGGAGGAGGAGGCAGCUCAGGACGAUCCGCCAGCAGGCGCUCCCCAGGUAGGGGAGUUCGUGGAUGUGCAUGGCAUCGAGGAUAGCAUCGUGCGUUGCAACCGCUGCUGUCGCACGGCAAAGGAGUGCAACUACAGGAUCAGGGCGAAGGGCCAGUCGACUUACCAGUGCGACGCGUGCAACACGAACGGGGUGCGCCUUUCUCGGAGGUUCGGACAGUGGCCGCCAAAGUGUUUCGCCAAAAUGAAGAGUGAGUUCAAGCAGCAGUUCUACAAGGAUCUGGCAGAAGAUCCUGGGCUGUCGAACCUCGAUCGCAUUGAAGCCUUCGUGGUCAGCUCAAUCACUGUCCAACGGAUGGAGGAGGAGCGCGUCCGCAAGGGUGGCAAGUACCUUCCGCUGAGGAAGUGGGCGCACGACGGCUUCGACGCGAAAAAGAUUGAAGAUAAUGUGCAGGAUAAGAGGUGGAACCCUGAUCUCGGGGAGUGGACGUACAGGCCGCAAUUGGAGGCGGCCUGGAGCGAGACAGUGGAGGCCGCAGUGCGCAACGAGCUGUACACCGAUAAGAGGACGCAGGCGAAGCAGAGCGACCCGCGGGCAGCGGCCUCGACGGGCGUCGCAGAGCACGGCGGCGACAAGGGCGACAGAAGCGACGAGAGCGACAUGUCCAGAUCCAGGAGCCGCUCGCGCGGCGACCGCGACAGGAGCAAGAGCCGCCGCAAGGGCAGGAGCAAGAGCCGCGGCAAGAGCAAGGACAGGAGCAAGAGCAGGGAUAAGGACGCUGAGAAGGAGCGGAGGCGACAGGAAGCGAGGGAGAAGGCCGAGCAGGCCAAGAAGGAGACGCAGGAGAAAAACCUGGCGCUGAAGUGGAUCGGCACCGCAACGAGGCUCGAGACAGAGCUGGACGGGUACCUCGAGCAUGAGAAGGCGGACAAGGUGCCGUCAUGGGCUGUGAAGAACGCGAAGGCGGCGAGGAAGUCUGUGGCAGUCAUGAAGGCGGUGGCGCAGAAGCGCGUGCACAGCGGCGUGGCGUUGACGAUCACGCAGGACGAGGCCAUCAGCAUCCAGAAGGAUGCGAGCUCGGCGGCGAGGGCCAUCGCGGGGAUGCUCAAGGAGGCGCAGAAGCACAGCACCU